AAAAAAAAAAAAUCCAACCCCCCCCCCCUCUUUCUCCUUGAUUUCUCCAUAAAAAGGACUCCGUCUUUUACGAAGACUAAUUAUCUCAAAAUUUCAUCAUUUGAUCCAUAAUGCCGCUAGGUCAGAGAGCUGGAGAUAAUAAGAGCGACUCCCGUUACUGCGGAGUCGAGACCGAGUUCGACGAUGACAUGCCGCAGCUCCUCAAUCACAAUCUCGUCGCUGGGUUCGAUUUCGUCCUCGCCCCUCUGGUCGAUCCGAGCUAUAGACCUAGUUUAGUGAAGAAAGAUGGCAAUGGAAGUUCAGUAAUACCUUUCGCAUCAUCAGAUUUAAUCCUUAGUCCGUCACAAUGGAGUAGUCAUGUAGUUGGGAAAAUUAGCUCGUGGAUUGACUUGGACUCAGAUGAUGAGAUACUUAGAAGGGAUUCAGAAGUAGCUCUGAAGCAAGAAAUUUCAUGGGCUUCCCAUCUCUCCUUGCAGGCUUGUCUUCUUCCUCCUCCCCCAAGAGGAGGUGCUUGUGGCAAUUAUGCAAGAUGUGUUAACCAGCUCUUGCAAGGUACACACAGCAUGCAGUUGUGGCUGAGGGUGCCAUUGACAAAGUCGGAACUCAUGGAUGAAGAAAGUACAGGUGCAAACUCUAAUCCUUUGAGUAAAGAAGUGCAUGAUUCCUGGGAAUGGUGGAAUUCCUUCAGGCUGCUCUGUGAACACCAUAGUCAACUAUUUGUAGCUCUUGACAUUUUGAGCUCAUUACCCUCUGGGAACUCGCUUGGACGUUGGUUUGGAGAGCCUGUUAGAGCGGCAAUAGUUCAUACCACUUCAUUUCUAACAAAUGCAAGGGGUUUCCCUUGUCUGUCCAAGCGACAUCAGAAAUUAAUAACCGGGUUCUUCAACCAUUCUGUUCAGAUAGUUAUUUCUGGUACCUUGGUUCAUAACAUUUCUGAAGAAAGUUUGGAGGUUUUGCCUGUGAAUAGUGAUGACAAUCAUUCUGAAGGUGGUGCUCCUAUCAGACAUUUCUUGAGGCCUUACCUAGAGUAUGUUGCUUAUUUAUACCGAAGGAUGGAUCCGCUUCCUGAGCAAGAAUGUUUUGAGCUUGGUUAUAGGGAUUUUCUGCAGUCCCCAUUGCAGCCUCUCAUGGAUAAUUUGGAGGCUCAAACUUAUGAGACAUUCGAGAAAGACACAAUGAAGUAUACACAGUAUCAGCGGGCAGUUAGUAAAGCUUUGCUUGAUAGGGUUCCAGAUGAAGAAGCUUCAACAUCGAGGACGGUGUUGAUGGUUGUUGGAGCUGGAAGAGGGCCCCUUGUCAGGGCAUCACUGCAGGCUGCUGAAGAGACCGGCAGAAAACUGAAGGUUUAUGCUGUAGAAAAAAAUCCGAAUGCAGUGGUGACGCUCCAUAGUUUGAUCAGACUGGAAGGAUGGGAGAAUAUGGUUACUAUAAUUUCUAGUGAUAUGCGUUGUUGGGAUGCCCCUGAGAAGGCUGAUAUAUUGGUUAGCGAGUUAUUGGGCUCCUUUGGUGAUAAUGAGCUAUCCCCAGAGUGUCUUGACGGAGCGCAAAGGUUUCUGAAGCCAGAUGGCAUAUCUAUUCCUUCAUCAUAUACCAGUUUUAUCCAACCAGUAACUGCUUCAAAGCUAUACAAUGAUGUAAAUUCACAUAAAGACCUUGCACACUUUGAAACAGCUUAUGUUGUGAAAUUGCACAGGGUAGCCAGGCUUGCUCCUUCUAAAUCUGUAUUCACAUUUACCCACCCAGAAUAUUCUGAUAAUAAGAGCAAUCAAAGAUACAAGAAGUUGCAUUUUGAAAUACCUGCAGAUACUGGAUCAGCUUUGGUGCACGGAUUUGCGGGUUACUUUGACUCUGUCCUAUAUAAAGAUGUCCAUCUUGGUAUCGAACCAACUACAGCAACACCAAAUAUGUUUAGCUGGUUUCCAAUUUUCUUCCCUUUGAGGAGACCUCUCUGUGUACCUACAGGGUCAACAUUAGAAGUCCAUUUCUGGCGGUGUUGUAGCGCUACAAAGGUUUGGUACGAGUGGUGCGUUACUGCUCCAUCGCCUUCACCUAUCCACAAUACCAAUGGAAGGUCCUAUUGGGUCGGCUUGUAAUUUUUCUGGAAAUUUCCAGUUCUCUUAUCAUUAUCAUCAUCAUUUGAUGGAAUUUCUCUUUCCGUGCCCCCCCUCCUCCGCCAACUGCCCUUGUAUCAUUUGAUAUAUGACUGGUUAUAUUGUAGUUUGUGAGCCACCCCACAACUUGAUCGCGUAACCAGAAACUUCCUGGCCCAAGAGAAAAUUCAGCGCAAAGGAGCUGGUUGAGUGUGUAGUGUUGUGUUAUGAUGCAAGAGUAGCAACGCUAUUCCAACUUGUUACUAUUAUUAUUAUUUUUUUUUCUAGACUCUUAAUUGUUGGAAUGAGCAAAAUGAUGUAAGAUUGUGGAUGGAGGCAUAUCAGUGUGUGCUGGAUGGAGUCUGGAAGAGUUUUUCCUGUAUGAGAAAGCUACGCAUGAUGAAAUUUCUUUUUCCCCAGCCUUACAGAUA